AUGUCAUUCAACCGCACUGCUUCGCAAAUGGCUCCUUUGCUGCUUAGAAACAGCACAAGGACUGCCCUGUCUCGAUCUAUGCGCCUCCCUAGGCAAUUACCUGCUGUCGCCAUAUUGAUUCCGAACCGUUCCGUGUCUGGCGAGACAUCUACAUCCAACAGCCAGACCAACUACCCUCCUCCAGGCUUCAAUGCCGACCAGGCCAAGAAGCCUCUGACAUCGCAAGAAGACAAGUCCAAGCAAUCGUCCUCUUCCACACCCGAUGUCAACACUCCUAUUCACAAGCCUACCGAACAUGCACCCACCAAGGCCUCGGAAGAACAGGCUCUCAAAGAGCUUGCCAACGAGAAAGCUGCCGCCGACAAGGCUGAGGAGAAGAAAAUUGAGAAGAAGAAGGAGGAGGACAAGAAGCUUACUCUCCGUCAAAAGAUCAUGAAGGAGGUUCAUCACUACUGGGAUGGCACUAAGCUGUUGGCUGCCGAAGUCAAGAUCAGUUCUAAGUUGGCCUUGAAGAUGGCUGCAGGUUACGAGCUUACCCGCAGAGAACACAGACAAGUAAGUUCACUGAACGCAAUCUGCCACCCCACCCCCUUGUCUGACAUUCUGCCUAGUNUGCACCGUACCGUUCAAGAUCUCGGUCGCCUUGUCCCCUUCUCCGUCUUUGUCAUUGUUCCCUUCGCAGAGUUGCUCCUUCCGGUCGCUCUGAAGCUUUUCCCCAACAUGCUUCCUAGCACAUACGAGGGUCAAAAGUCAAAGGAAGCAAAGGCCAGCAGUCUGCGUGGUACCCGCAAAGAAGUCAGUAGCUUCCUACGCAUGACCCUACAGGAGACUGGUCUGCCUGUAAGCGCUGCGAACGCACAGAAGGAAGAGUUUACCGAAUUCUUCCGCAAGUCCCCGACAAAGGCCGAUGUUAUCCGUGUCUGCAAGAUUUUCAAGGACGACUUGACCCUUGACAACCUCUCGCGCCCGCAACUUGUUGGCAUCUGUCGCUACAUGUCUCUUUCCACUUUCGGCACCGACGCCAUGCUUCGCUACACAGUCAGACAUCGUAUGCGCCAGAUCAAGCGUGACGACAGAGCUAUCUCUUUCGAGGGUGUCGAGUCUUUGUCUGUUCCUGAGCUUCAGACUGCAUGUGCCUCGCGUGGCCUCCGCACUCACGGUGUCUCUCCCGCUAGAUUGCGCGACGACCUGAACCUGUGGCUCGAGUUGCGUCUCAAGUACGGAGUUCCAAGCACUCUUCUUGUUCUCUCGAACGCUUUCAUGUACACUCAGGGCAAGGAUGUAGAGUUCGAUUCGCAGAUCGAUGCCCUGCAAGCCGUCUUGUCCAGCAUUCCUGAGGAGUUGUUCCACGAGAUUGAGUUGGAGGUGCAUACUGCAGAGGGCGCUGCCACUAACAAGCAACGUCUGGAGGUUCUUCGUGAGCAGCAGGAGUUGAUCGAGGAUGAGAACGAACAGAGUGAGAAGCAAAGUGAAGGCGGCAAGUCUGCUCGUGUCAGCGAUCUCGACAACAUUGACGAGAAGGAGGACGACGGUCGACAAGAAGAUGCACUUAGACGCGAACACGAAGCCGAAGUACAGGCUCAAGCAGGUGUUCCCACUUCAUCUAUCGGAAGCCAUCAGACAUCAGAGACAAAAGCUGAGGAGAAGAAGGCUUGA